AUGGUCCGUGCUCCUUCGGCUACCUCCCCCGGGCACCAGCCGGCGGCGGUUCGCUUGGUUUGCUUGGAAAGUCUGGAACGAGGCGCUUCACCUAGUUUGUGGCGCACUCAGCCCCUGAUCAACCAAUCUGAUCUCGAAAUCUCCAUCGUUCGUCUGGUCUCGCUCGGUCCAGGUCAGGAACACCCGCAGACGCCCGCACUGCCAGCGAGGCAGGUGAACAAGACCGGGCGGAACGGAAACGAACACUGGCGCUCUGCAAGAUAGACAAGCAGAGACAUGCAAACCCACCAACCACCUCGUCGGCCUUGCUCUCGAGACCGUGAGAACGGUUCGUCAGUGGUUGGACUGGUUCAAAGAGCUUGCAUUAGGGCCAUGCCAAAUCAUCAGUCUACUACCCCACUCGUACCCCGUGGGCUUGCGAAUCUCGCGAGAGUCGUCAUUGGAUUGAGGUCGCGUUGAGUGCUUGCAUCCACAGUUUUCUUUCCCCUCAUUCAC